GGUAAGGGCGUGGCGACAGUCCAGGUGUCCUCGAGAGACGUCGAGCUACAGUAUGUUUAUAUUUCCGACGAAAUAAGAAAUGGCUUUGACUCAAGAGGCGAUUUUAAACACACUAUUAGAAGGCAAAGGAAAGGUGAAAAACUCGGAGUUGCUGAGCAAGUUCAAAGAGCCACUAAACUGCAGUGAUCCAGCGGAGAAGAAACAGAACCGAGAUCUCUUCAAAACCUUUGUGAACAACAUUGCUGUCGUGAAAGACUUCCAGGACGCCAAGUAUAUAGUCCUAAAGAAAGUGUACCAUCAUUUACUAGAAGCCUCAAACGACGAAAACGCACCAAGAGAAGAUUGCGGUCGAGAUGGAUCACAUCCAGAAGAAGAUGAGAAGGAAAAAUCCACUCAUUCCCAAAAUGCCGAAGGUAAGAAGUCUGAACAGAAAGCUCUGAGCAGAUCUUCGUCAAAGGCUUCAGACGGCAGCACAGAGCUCUCUCCAAUAGAGAUUGCUUUGGAAAGAAGCAAGAAUGUGGACUUUAAACCUAAAAGGUCUUUACAUUUCACCGUCCCGCUGAAGCCUGACCCCGAUUUCUCGGGAGCUGCCAAGAAAGAAGCAAGCACAAACAAACCGUAUGCUCUACCUUUACGAAUGCCCCAAAUAGACUUGGGUCAUCAUCACAAGAAGCCUUCCACUGAGAGCUUGGGACAAGAGCUACAACCCUCGCCUCGGUGUACAGACAGCGUGGCCUGCGCUGGUGCCUCGCCGCAGUUACAGAGACACUUCAAGACCCCUAAACAAGCGGAUGAGCCCAAGGACUCGCACCAUUGCCCGCUUGAUCCCGUGGAGCACGAGUGGCUGGUGAAGUCUGCGGCCGGACAGUGGAAUCAAGUGUACGGCUUGCUGUUAAAAGACGCCCAGCUUGCAGAGAAGAAGGACUUCAUGUCAGGGUUCACGGCUCUGCACUGGGCCGUCAAGUGUGGAGACGCUGACAUGGUGUGUAGGAUUAUUGAGGUGUCUAGAAAGAGCGAUCAUGGGGUGGACGUCAACGGCAAGUCCAAUGGUGGCUACACACCGCUUCACAUCGCUGCCAUCCACCUUCAGCUCUCUCUGAUUGACCUUCUAGUCCGUAAGUACGGCGCCAAUGGGAACAUAAGGGACAACUGCGGUAAGAAACCCUACCACUACCUGGACAAAGGGGUCUCCAGAGAGCUGAGGGAGCUUCUCGGAGAUCCGAAAGCUGGCCACCGGGAGGUGCAUCAUCAGGUCAGGGAAGAGUAUGAUGCACGGAAAUACUCUAUAGGUCACCUCGUCCUAGCUCAUCCGGUGGGGCUCAAGAAAAAGAACAAGGCGAGAAACCAGUUCGUCUCCGUCAAUGACGACGGCAGAGAGAGGGAUGAGCCAGUGUUGCAUAAACUGAGGCUGGUAUCCGAUGUCUUUCCAUAACUGAGAUUAAAUGUGGAUUAUGAGUUUGUUUUGGAGACAAUAUUUGUGACCCUGGAGCACAAAACCAAUCAUAAGUAGCAAGGUUAUUUUUGUAGCAAUAGCCAAC